UGCCAAAUAAAUUAACAAUGCAUAUUGCUUCUAAAUACCCAUCAAAUCUCUAUAAACUGAAAACCGCAAAAUGAAGUCAAUUAUUAUAAUUUCCAUUUUUGUGACUCUGGCUGUAGCAUCGCCGCAAGGGAGAACAUCCAAAACCUACGUACCUAGCGAAUAUGAAAGGCAUCAGAACGAAGCUGCAAGAUAUCAAUUUUCGUCAAACAUCGAUGAUCACAUAAGCGACUUGACCCAUCAAAGGUCAGAAGAAAGGGAUGGGCUGUCUGUUAAAGGAAUGUAUUCUUACAGCGAUGGAUAUUACAAAAGAACAGUACAUUAUGUAGCUGAUGACAAAGGAUACAGAGUGUUAAGCGCCUUAAAAUCACCAUGGCGAUACGAAUGUGUGGAAGGAUACUGCCAAAAAAGACCAAUCACUAAUGAGACUGAAAACACUGCCUUAAGUUUGCCAGCUUGCAGAAUCUUCUGUGCGGAUGCUGCAGCGAUAUGGCCCAAACCUACAGGAGAUUUAUCUGUAGGAAAUUUCCUGACAGCCAUCAACAUCAACAGCAUUGAUAUAUUGGGUGCAAAAUCUGAAAGUCCGAUUUUCUCACUGGUCAGAGGAGCUUCUAAGAUAUUCAGAAAACAAAUUGAAGUUCUGGUACCAAGGAAUGUCGUACCCAAAGGAGGAAAAUCUUUAGUCGUCACUUUGGACAUUAAAAAUUCCAAUAUCGAUCAAUUCAGUUUAGACUUAGAUGAAAGUUACACGCUAAAAGUUUCUGAAUCUUCAGAUGGUCGAGUUCAAGCUUUAGUAACCGCACCAAAUUUUUUCGGUGCUAGACAUGGGCUGGAAACGUUGAAUCAACUGAUAAUUUUUGACGAUUUAAGGGACGAAUUGCAAAUUGCCAGAGAUGUCCUCAUCACCGAUAAACCUGCAUAUCACUAUCGAGGAAUUCUACUAGAUACUUCCAGAAAUUUUAUAACGGUUGAAAGCAUCAAGAAGACUCUAACGGCAAUGGGAGCAGCAAAGCUAAAUACUUUUCACUGGCAUAUUACUGACUCUCAUAGUUUUCCUUAUGUGUCCAAAUCACGACCGGAACUAUCCAAAUAUGGCGCUUAUUCUGCGAAUAAGGUGUACACUGCUCAAGAUGUCCAAGAGAUUAUCCAAUAUGGCAAAGAAAGGGGUGUGAGGGUACUGCCCGAAUUUGAUGCUCCAGCUCACGUAGGAGAGGGCUGGCAGAACACCAACUUAGUAACAUGCUUCAACUGGCAACCCUGGCAGGACUACUGUGUCGAGCCACCGUGUGGCCAAUUUGACGUCACUAAGCCAGAAUUGUAUGACGUAAUUGCAGAUAUCUACAACGACAUGUUCGAUCAGUUCCAACCGGACAUCUUCCAUAUGGGCGGAGACGAGGUAAACUUUAACUGUUGGAACAACACAAAAUCCAUCGUCGAAUGGAUGGCUAAAAAAGGCUGGGGUCGCACAGAAGCUGACUUUAUCAAGCUGUGGGAUCAUUUCCAAAGCCAGGCUUUAGAAAAAGUCUACAAAAAGGCUGGCAAAACUAUUCCGGUGAUAAUGUGGACCAGUCACCUCACUCACAAGGAAUACCUGCUCGAGUAUUUACCAAAAGACAAGUACAUCGUUCAGAUCUGGACAACUGGCCAUGACGAAAUCGUCAAAAACUUGCUGAAGAACGAUUACAAAGUGAUCCUGAGCAACUACGACGCCCUGUAUCUGGACUGCGGAUUCGCCGGAUGGGUCACUGACGGAAAUAACUGGUGCUCGCCGUACAUCGGAUGGCAAAAAGUCUACGAGAACACACCUCUAAAGAUCGCAGGAGAAAAACGGAAACUCGUCCUAGGCGCAGAAGCCACGUUCUGGACGGAACAAGCCGAUUCCACUUCGCUGGACAGCCGAUUGUGGCCGAGGGCGUCGGCCAUGGCGGAAGUGCUGUGGUCGGAACCGGAAACGACGUGGCGGAAGGCGGAAACUCGGUUCCUGAUUCACAGGGAGCGACUGGUCAAGUUGGGCGUGAACGCGGACGCUCUGGAACCGGAAUGGUGCAUGCAGUACGAAGAAAACUGUCCUAUUGGCGGGAAAUUUAACAGUCAUAACAAACCUUAACGAGUUUGAUUGGUCUGAUGUUAAUACUCACCUACAAACUUCUUUUUUACUACAGAACAAAUAUUUUUUUAAUGCGAUUUUUAAGUAACAUUCAAAAGACGAAAGUAAUAAAGAAAUAAAAUCGUACAAAA